CCAGCUGCCAUCAUGAGACUAUUCCGGCAUAUGGGAAAGAAAACAAAAAAAAGAAGAAGACCCAUUUCUCAUUUUGACUCCUGUCUUCAAUGAAUGAUUUUAGAUUGGUUGUACAAACGGCCAAAACAGAAAUUACGAGUAAAAACUUGUAGCAGCAAUUUCAUAGUCACCAGCUACAUCUGGGAAUCAGAUGCAACCUCAACUUGAUUGGUUAACUGAAUCUUGAUAGUUUUUUAUUUUACUUCCCACCUUGGCUCCUUACCAGCUCAGCUCAGAGUUUCAGUCCUUAAUUCUCUCAAAAUCUGAAAGAUAAGGAAAGGAUGAUGUCUCCACGUGAUGUCCAUAACCUUUUGGCCUUGCUGGUUACUUGCUAUUCGAGACCUGGAGGACAAAUCAAGAAUAAGGGUUAUGCUAAUUUUGGGGUACAUCAAUUGACACCAUCAAACUAUGUUUGGAAAGAGAACAACUGGGCAACUCACUGCUUUCUAGGUUAAGUACUUCUCUUGAGUUGGAAGCUGUGAUCGAUACCUUGGCUGUUGAGCUUUUGUUGGCCUAAGGAAGGACCAGUUUUGUUAUACAUUUCUUUGCUUUCAGAUUCAGACUUCUAUAUAUCAAGUAUUGAUCAGCUGAAAGCUAAGUUGUUCUUGCCUCUGAAAUCUUGUAAAAGAUUUGAGUCGAAAUGUCAUCUUCAAGACCAAGCCAAUCUUCCACCACUUCAGCAAGAUCAAAGCAUAGUGCUAGGAUCAUUGCACAGACCACUAUAGAUGCAAAGCUUCAUGCAGAUUUCGAGGAGUCGGGUGAUUCCUUUGACUAUUCAAGCUCAGUGAGGGUUACAAGUGUAGCUGGGGAUGAGCGAAAGCCCAAGUCGGACAGAGUAACUACCGCUUACCUCAAUCAGAUCCAGAAGGGUAAGUUUAUCCAGCCAUUUGGCUGUUUGUUAGCCCUUGAUGAGAAAACAUUUAAGGUCAUAGCAUUCAGCGAGAAUGCCCCCGAAAUGCUGACCAUGGUUAGCCAUGCUGUUCCAAGUGUGGGUGAGCUUCCAGCUCUUGGCAUUGGGACUGAUAUCAGAACGAUCUUCACUGGUCCUAGUGCAGCUGCAUUGCAGAAGGCUUUGGGGUUCGGAGAGGUUUCUCUGUUAAAUCCGGUCCUCGUUCACUGCAAAACUUCUGGGAAGCCAUAUUAUGCAAUUGUUCAUAGGGUUACUGGUAGCUUAAUCAUUGAUUUCGAGCCUGUGAAGCCCUAUGAAGUACCCAUGACUGCUGCAGGGGCCCUGCAGUCGUAUAAACUUGCAGCCAAAGCCAUUACUCGCUUGCAGGCCUUGCCCAGCGGCAGUAUGGAAAGACUUUGUGACACUAUGGUUCAGGAGGUUUUCGAACUCACAGGCUAUGACAGGGUGAUGACGUAUAAGUUUCACGAUGAUGAUCAUGGAGAGGUGGUGGCCGAGAUCACGAAGCCUGGCCUUGAUCCUUACCUUGGUUUACACUAUCCUGCUACGGAUAUCCCACAAGCUGCACGCUUUUUGUUCAUGAAGAAUAAGGUCCGAAUGAUUUGUGAUUGCCGAGCAAAACAUGUGAAGGUAGUCCAAGAUGAGAAGCUUCCAUUUGAUUUAACAUUGUGCGGCUCUACUCUUAGGGCUCCUCACUACUGCCAUCUACAGUAUAUGGAGAACAUGAGUUCAAUUGCAUCCCUUGUAAUGGCAGUUGUGGUCAAUGACGGGGACGAAGAGGGAGAAAGCUCUGAUUCGACACAAUCUCAAAAGAGAAAAAGGCUUUGGGGCCUGGUGGUUUGCCACAACACCACCCCAAGGUUUGUUCCCUUCCCUCUGAGGUAUGCAUGUGAAUUUCUUGCGCAAGUCUUUGCCAUACACGUCAACAAGGAACUGGAAUUGGAAAGUCAGAUUCUUGAGAAAAAUAUCCUGCGUACUCAGACUCUCUUGUGUGAUAUGCUGAUGCGAGAUGCUCCCUUAGGUAUAGUGUCACAGAGUCCAAAUAUUAUGGAUCUUGUCAAAUGUGAUGGUGCUGCUUUGCUCUAUAAGAAUAAGAUACAUCGACUUGGAAUGACCCCAAGCGACUUUCAGCUGCACGAUAUUGUCUCGUGGCUUUCUGAGUAUCAUACAGAUUCCACAGGUUUGAGUACAGACAGCUUGUAUGAUGCUGGUUUCCCUGGGGCUCUUGCUCUUGGUGAUGUAGUGUGUGGUAUGGCAGCUGUUAGAAUAUCUGAUAAGGGCUGGCUGUUCUGGUAUAGGUCACACACUGCUGCUGAAGUUAGAUGGGGUGGAGCAAAGCAUGAACCUGGUGAAAAGGAUGAUGGCAGGAAAAUGCAUCCUAGGUCAUCAUUCAAAGCAUUCCUGGAAGUUGUCAAGACUAGAAGUGUACCAUGGAAGGACUAUGAAAUGGACGCAAUCCAUUCUUUGCAGCUUAUACUAAGAAAUGCAUCCAAGGAUGCCGAUGCCAUGGAUUCAAAUACCAAUAUUAUCCACACGAAGCUUAACGAUCUUAAGAUUGAUGGGUUGCAGGAGCUAGAAGCAGUGACUGCUGAAAUGGUCCGCUUGAUUGAAACAGCUUCAGUUCCUAUCUUCGCAGUUGAUGUUGAUGGGCAGCUUAAUGGCUGGAACACAAAAAUUGCUGAAUUAACCGGUCUUCCUGUUGAUGAAGCAAUUGGGAAUCAUUUGCUCACACUCGUGGAGGAUUCCUCAGUUGAU